UUGGUUACUACUUACUAGGAAGAAAGCUACGUACAACAGCUUUUCCAGAAACGGUGGCAGGGACACAAGUGGAAAGGCAGGGAUUGCUCUCCUUAUCGAUAGUGCAUCCAUCUGUUGCUUUAUCUGCUGUUACUUGUUGGAAGAGCCCCUGGGCAUCAUCUGUGCAGUCCAUGGACACCAGCAGCAGACCUAUUACGUCCAACAACCCUAUUCAUAUACAGCAGGCUCUCUCCGGGGUGCCUAUGCCCAACUCUUUGCUGCGGCCACCAGGUUUGCUCCUGCGGGCUGCUGCAGCGGCGGCAGCCUGCAGCCCAGCAUCAUUAGAUCGCUGUUACCCCCGCACCCCAAAGUGCGCCCGCUGUCGCAAUCAUGGCGUGGUCUCGGCACUGAAGGGCCACAAACGCUUCUGUCGCUGGCGUGACUGUCUGUGUGCCAAGUGCACUCUGAUUGCUGAACGUCAGCGGGUCAUGGCAGCACAGGUUGCCUUGAGGAGGCAGCAGGCACAAGAGGAGACAGAAGCACGCGAGCUGCAGUUGCUUUAUGGUGUCGCAGGUGAGAGUGGUGUGGGUCAACCUGCAUCUGGACAUCAGGAGUCAGCAUCGGGCACCGGUGGCUACGGACUAUUCCCAGGACUUUCGCCGAGGGAGCAGAGUCAGCCCAAGUCGGACGCCCAGGCUGCAACAACAGGGGAUCCCUCUCAAAAUUAUGAUGUGUAUUUCAGGAGCUUAUUUGGACGCCCCCCAAUAUUGUCAUCAGUUUCUCUGCAACCUGCAGCACCCACCCAUUCCCCUGGUUCAGAAUCCACCAUCACAAAUCUUGAGGAUAACUUGUCAGCAGAAAACAAGGCUGUAUCUAAUGAUCAGUGUCAUGCUGACACCAAGCAAGCUUCAGAUGGACCUGAAAGUCCAAGAUCUGUGUCAUCAUCUGACUCAGAGUCAGGAAAUGAGAAUGAGAGGACCAAAUGUUGCUUGCCAGCUCCCAAAUCCAGCCUUCCGGGGCUGUCAUCAAGAAACCGGGACCCAGUAGAAAUGCUGAUGAAAGUCUUCCCGACCUACAGACGUGAACUGCUUGAAAGCCUCCUGCAGAGCUUUAAAGGAGAUGUGGUACAGGUCAUUGAACACGUUCUCAAUGGAAAAGAGCCUAGAGGGGAUGGCAAAGAAAUGGUCCCCCCAUCCCUUCCUGAAAGCAAUAAUAGCCUCCGACCAGUACAGCUUGGCCUAGCAUUUGGCUCACUGACCUCAAAAUCUGCAUUUUCCCCAUUGAGCAACUCUACAUCAUUUGAUCAUAACCUGUAUGGUCUGACCUCCCGUUUAGGCAUCAACCCACUUCGACUUGCAUAUGCCACUCCAGGAAGAGGAAUUCCAGGCUUUAUCUCUCCUUACAUAGCAACUAGUCUGAUGCCAGCUGUGCCAUUCCGACCACCUCUGGACUAUGCCUUUUCAGGGACUGUCAGGGAUUUCCCUUAUUUAUCAUCGAAGGACUAGCUCUGAGUUAGUGAGCAACAUUUUAGGCAGAGCUUGAAGACAACUUUUGAUCCCAUAGAAACUCAGAAUGAAUACAAAUAUUGCAUAAUAUCUCUGCUGUAGCGUUGUUUCACGUACUUCCAUGGCUUUUCAGCAGGGUGUACUGCAGGAGACAUGCUGAAUGUUACAUGAUAUGCACUGGUGCUGUAAUAUUGAACAUUCUUAUAGAUAUAUGGAAAUAGAAAGUUUCAGUACUGCUUUACAUAACAUAGGCAAACACCUUCCUUUUUUGUAUAGCUGCAAAUGGUACUAUAGAAUUUAUUUUGUAAUAUUUACUGAUAUUUUCAUUUUUGUAUGGACAAAACUGUUUAAGAGCUAACAAAAUUGCCUUGUUUUUUUUUCUUUUUUCCAACUUGCCUUAUUUCGUAAACCAUAGAGCAUAUUAUUUAGAAGCCAAUUAAUUAGGAAAGCUGUUGUGUGGAGAAGACAGAUACAAUAAACACUGAAAUUAUUAAUAUAAGGACAGAAGGACAAUCUUGUGUGGUAAACAGCAUUAUAGUAAUCACCAAAAAAAGGUAUGUGUCUCCAUCUUGUGGCUACAUUUGCAAAUUACAGCGUGAAUUUUCCUUCUGCUGUUUGAGCAUACUGUCAUUGGCAUAUAUAUGGAGAUACGUAGAACAUCUGCAUACGCAUAUCAAAAUCCUAACUGGUGGGUUGCCAAGCAUUGUUCACCACCAUUUCCUCAUGCUGUCAGUAAUGUGAUUUUAUUAUGAUGCUGUGUUCUUACAAGCUAGUAUGCUGGGUUAGUAGAUUCUUACAAAAGUGCUCAAACCUGCCAGAAAGUCUUUACAAUAAUAACAUUAAGAUAGUGUAUAGGUUGCAUUUUAUGGAUUUUCUAAACUAUUUCAGUAUAUUUAUGAUUUAGAAAAUGUACAUCAAUGUUCUGUCCUACACCUCCAAGUUUAUCUGUCUCAUAAACGUUUUACAUUUUUUUUGAGUCACAAUCUUUGACUAUAGUAUCUCUUUCUUAAUGGUUGACGUAGCAGUGGCUGUAAACGGAUUAUAAUUUCUGGAAAAAACUAACAGGGACAGAACUUUCUGGAAACAAUAAUUUGAGGUUGCUUAGCAACUUAUUUCUUAUUAGCAAACAAUUUGGGGAAGCAAAAGGGGUGUAUGAAGCUAUUAUAUCAUACAAGGAGCAGAGCAAAUACAUAGUCCAGAAAUCAAUAUUUCUGCAAACUGUACCAUCAUAUGGGGAGUUUAGUAAAUAUUUCACAUUUCUAAAUUAAAAUCAGAUUUCUGCAAUAGGAAAUAAUGUUGCCUAUUCACUGAUUAAAAAAAAACAAAAACAUAGGUGUGGUUUAUAAUGCGCAGACACCUUCGACUUGUAUCCAUUCACGAGUACAUGACUGUCACAGUGUAAAGAGUGCAGAGCAAGUAACUCUGAAGCAGUGUGUUCUCCUUCAGGGUGAUUGUCAUACCCUUUGACCUCUAAAGAAAAGCUGAGUGGGUCCAUAGAACUUGAACUGUAAGGCACCAGAGCAUGCUGAAUUGAUGGUUUUGGAUAACUGUUCAUAACUUUUUUUAUAAUGUAUGGUGGAAAAAUAAAUAAACACAAUAAAUUGUUUUCCUUUGCAGUUUC